AUGCUCCCAACGCCAGACACCUCCCACGUCCCCUACUCGCGCGUUUACGAGCCCGCCGAGGACUCGUUCCUCCUCCUCGACACGCUGUCCAGCCCCCCCGAGCAGCGGUUCCUCCGCCGGGCCUUCCCCCCCGCCAGCCCGGCGCCCCUCGUGCUCGAGGUCGGCACCGGGUCCGGCGUCGUGCUGGCCUUUGUCAACGCCCACGCGCACACCAUCCUCGGCCGGCGCGACGUGCUCUCCGCGGGCGUCGACAUGAACGCCUUUGCGUGCGGCGCCACCAUGCGCACCGUGGCCAAGGCGGUCGACGACACCGGCGGCGCCAGCGGCGUCCAUCUCGGCGCGUGCGUGGGCGACCUCGCCUCCAGCUGGGCGGACGGCACCGUCGACGUGCUCAUCUUCAACCCGCCGUACGUGCCGACGGCAGAGACGCCCGUCCGGCCGGAGGGGUUCGGCAGCGGCAGCGGCAGCGGCGGCGGCGGCGGCGGUGCGGCGGCCGGGCCGACCGUCAGCUGGGACGACGAGGCGUACCUGCUGAGCCUGGCGUACGCCGGGGGCCGGGACGGCAUGGAGACGACGGACCGGCUGCUGGGGGACCUGGCGAGGGUGCUGUCGGCCAGGGGGUGCGCGUACGUGGUGCUGUGCGCGCAGAACGGGCCGGCGGGCGUGAGGGAGAGGAUCCGCGCGAGGGGGGGCGGUUGGCGCGCCGAGACUGUGGGCUCGAGCGGCAAGACGGCCGGGUGGGAGAGGUUGCAGGUCGUGCGGAUAUGGAGGGAGCGCGAGGACGCGUGA